AAUAAGGCUGAAGGAAAUGGAACGUAUUACGGACUGUUUCGAUAGAACAAUACCAGAGUCUUCCUGUGAUAUUGAAGGAGAAUUGACGGUCGUGGUCGAUGAAAAUGGGCAAAUGGUGCUGGACAUUACCGAAACAUUGUCAAACUUUACUGAGCAGAAUAAAGAAGAUGAUCUAGUUAUAAUCACAACUGAUGAAACAGGUGUUGUCGACAGUUCCAAUGUUACAUACACCGUCUUGCAGGGAGAGACAAAUGGUUCCUCUUCAACAUCUCAAACGGCAAAUAGUUAUGAUGUGAGUGAUUCACUCAUUGCUUCUCUUCAAGUUCCUACAUCUAUUCCAGCCAUAAACACAGAUGAAUCACCAUUUUCCAAUAUCCCGGAUGUAAUCAACAGUGCAUCUGCUGUGUAUAUCCCAGAAGGACAAAUUGUAUUUAUUAUGGGGGGAACAGCACAACAAGGAAAACCUAGUCAAAUACCAACAAUAGCUACUCAAGUAAAUGCUAGAGAAGAAACGAAAACCAGUUCCUCGAGAAGAGUUCGCCGGCUUCUCCCGAAACCACUUCUAAACAAUCCGAAUGACACUACCAUGCCCACUACCUUGACUCAGAAGAAACGCCAGAAAAGGAAAAACGCUUCAAUGUUAUAUGAAGUAUGUCUAUUGAACCCUGAAUCGAUCAUCACAACAGGUGAAGGACCGACAUCACAAAAGUUUUUUGUGUGCGAUAAAUGUCCAUCUACGGAAGAACUUGUAAAAUUCCGACGGUUCGAGGAGUUUUCUCGUCAUUAUGGUCGGAUUCAUCAUUUGCGAGUCCUGAAAAAUGCGUCCGUGUUUUGCAGGGAGGAAAGCUGCUCUUUCAAAUCUUCGAGAGUCGAGGAUCUGAGGAAGCACCUGAACUUGAUUCAUGGAUUCGCAAUGGAAGCCCAGACGCACACGUUUACAUCUAUGGAAGAAUUUGAAGCGUGGAAAAUGUCUGAGGAGAAACUGUCUGGCAGCAAGUUUAAUCGAUCAUCGGGACGCCACCAAACCCGCCAGUCUGAUACCAAAAAGGCUGUAGUCUACAUGUAUUAUGCUUGCAACCGCUCUGGCCUGCAGCGCAUCAGGGAGAGCAAAGGUAGCAAAAAGAAGAAACCCAGUAGCCAAGGGAGUAUCAAGAUUAAUGGUACUUGCACAGCUUCGAUUAGCCUCGUCCACGAUAAAGAAUUAAAUCGAAUCUCGUGCGAUUACUGCCCAACGCACUACGGUCACGACACAAAAGAGCCACAUCGACAAAAUCUAAGCAAACAAGAAAAGCUUUGGAUAUUGCAACUGCUGGCUCGAGGUUGGAAUUCGGACGAAAUCGUGAAAACCUUGCGGAGCGGCACGAUAACCGGAACGACUGUACGAAUGAUGGCUGUGACCCGACAAGACGUGUUCAACGUGUGCCGGUCUCACGGAGUAACUAACCUUGAGCGUCGUGAUCCAGACGACAGCAAGAGCGUGAAACUUUGGGUGGAGGAGCUCGAAUCCAAAUCUUCUGUUCUGAUCUGGAAUCCAGGCAGCAGGGUUCUUCUUUUAGCCGUAAUGAACGAUAAUCAAGUGGUGCUAGCAAGACUUCAUGCUCGCAUCAUUUACGUCACCGAUAUUUCAAUCAACUGGGACCGCUGUCACAGGCUUCUUGGGCUAAGUAUCUUGUCAACUUCGGAUAAUGAGGCUUAUUUAAUUGCGUAUGCUAUCACGGAUCAGAAUGGCCUAGAACCCUUACAGGAGGUUUUUGCUGCUAUUCACGCAAAGUUGGGCCAAACAUUUCAACCGGACUUCAUUCUUUGUCACGACCCGUCAACGGUCGCUGAUGCCUGGAUAUCACGAUCGGAUGCUUUCCCGACCUUUCUCACCCCUUUGUGGAAUGUGGAAAAUGAAUGGGCAGAAGCUCGAACCAAGUAUAUCGAUGACGAUCUGAAGCGAGAGGCUGUAAAGAAAUGCUUAGACAUUUUGCUCGGUGAAACUGAUCCGUCCAAAUUUGCCACUUUCUUCCAGCUCGUAAAUGGUAUGCUAGCCGCUGACGAAAGUUUGCUAGAAUUCUCGCGGUUUUUCACCGACAACUACGAACAAUUAGCUGCCCACUGGCCGGGGUUUCAUGCCUUACCAGACUGCACCCCAUUGCAACGGUUGAACGUUGAACUGGAACUCAUAGCUCGCCGCUGUAGAUCCUUGAAACGUUUGGACAAGUGCAUAUACUCGCUUGAAUUUCUGACUUCUAACCAGCCGUUUCGACCAAUGACGGAAUUCCGCAGUAGCUCCCAAAACGAAUCAGAAAUAUGCAGUCUUCGGCGUGCAAUCGCCAUACAAAUGAAAACCCUAGAGCGUGUCGCUCACGAAUGUGAUAGCGUCGAUACCCUGAAGAGAAUCAAUGAGGCCAUCGGAGAAGCAUUGCAGUCAAAAAUGUGAAGU